AUGCGGGUUACAGUUGUACCAGCAAGUACAAAGUCAGGUGUAGCAACCAUCAGGUCGCUACUCAGCAAGCCUGUGCAGGUUCGUGGAAUUUACAGAGAUCUUUCCAAGAUCCCUGCUACAUUUUCUGCGGAUGCCAACUUCUCCGCUAUAGAGGGCAAUGCGUCAGAUGAGGGUGCGCUUGAUCUGACGGGAUCUGAUGCUGUUCUUGCCAUUAUACCACCCGUUUUUGACGGUCGGGAUCCGAUCGAACAUGCGAAGAAGCUAUCUUCAAAUAUCAAAACGGCAAUCGAGAUGGCUGGCAAUGUUAAGAUACUCGUUCUGCUCAGUAGCGGCGGGGCUGAGUUUAGUGAGGGUGUUGGCGAAAUCAAGACAAACAACAAAGCGGAAGAAAUACUUCGACAAACGAAAGUUGAAAGCAUUGUAUUUGUCCGAUGUGCCUAUUUUAUGGAGAACUGGACUAUGGACCUCGCCACCCUCAAGGGCCCAGAUCCAUUCUUCUUUUCAACGAUUACGCCUGUGGACUAUAAAAUUCCGAUGGUCUCCGUCUCGGACAUUGGUACUACUCUUGCCGAACAGCUAAUUGACAAAGCGACUCUAGCAGAGAAACCAUAUAUAGUUGAACUGCAUGGUCCUCAGAAUUAUAGUCCCCUUGACGUGCAGGCGGCAUUUGCAAAGGCGCUCGGAAAAGACGUCGAGUUGCGACCGGUGGAAAAGGACAAUUUCCGCAAGUUCUAUGCGCAGAUUUUCCCUCCCUCAAUUCUCGAUUACUGGGUCGAAUUAGCGAUGAGUAUCCUCCCCGAUGGCAAACUUGGUACGGAGUACAUGCUCCACCCCCGGGGCCCUGUCCUUUAUGGGCGCACAGAUCUCGAGACGGCCAUCAAGGCGAGCAUCGGAGCAUGA